AAAAGCGGCCAGUUGCCAGGAAAUCGGUUAAUGAAAGACCAAAAGGCCCGUCGGGUCGAUCGAGGAGGCUCCGUGGGGUCAGGCAAGCCCGGCAGCUGCCCGCCAUCCCCGGCGCAGGGAUGAGGCUCCCGGUAGCCCUCUGCCUGGCCUCGGUGGCCCUGGCUGCCGCCGGCCAGUCCCCGCUGCAGCGGCGGGUGGUGAAGGACGUGCUGGAUUAUUUCCACAGCCGCAGCAACGUGCACUUCUUCUUCAAGGAGCAGGCGGUGGAAGCGGCUGUGGAGCGGGAAGACCCCUCGGGGACGUUCGUGCAGCUGAGGCUCAACCUGGCGCAGACGGCGUGCGGGAAGAGGGCACCGCGGCGGCACAGCUGCAAAACCGUGGAGAACCGGCGCAAGCCCGCCUGCCUCGCCUGCUACAAGUUUGACGGCGGCGACGUCCCCAAAGUGCUGGAUAAGUACCAUAACUGCGGCCCCAGCCAUCACCUGGCCGUGAAGGAGAUCAGGCAGCGGGACGAGGCGGAGUGCCGGGCGGUGGAGGAGGCGGGGAAGGCGGCGGACACGCUCUACCUGCCCGGCAUGUACGCCUUCUCCAAGGGGCUGCCGGCCUGAGCCCCCGGCCCCGCGCCCGCACGGCCCCCGCGGCCCCCCGAGGAGACAGAUGCUGCCGCGGGGACCCCCCGCUCGCUACCCUCAGCCCCGCGUUGCUUGAGGAUGCUCCUGGACCUGUCCUCCCUCCCAUUCCCCCCCGCCUUGCACCAGUAAACCCCAGCUCUGGC